AUGUCCCAGCAAAACUGUGAUGAAAAAGACAAGAAAAUACGAGAACUAUACAGAUAUGAUGAGAUGUCAAAUAAGGUGCUUCGGGCUGAUAGAUCUCUGUAUUCCCAGCGAACCGAUCCUCUCAAAGAUGCUGCAGAAUCACAACCAAAAUCUAUGCUAGGCAGAAUCUCCGUGAAAGAAAUGGGGGCGUCAGCGCCUCGAUCUCAAUUGACAGAUGCGGAUAGAAAUAUAUAUCAGACCGAAGCUGCAGGACGAGAAAUCUCAAAAGUCAAACCCAGAACAAACACUCAAACAAGCCGCAACGCUGCAAACUCUACUGUACUCAGUGGCGACUCGAUGCAGAAGUUGAAAUACUAUCCGUCUGACGACGCCAACGCAGAUCGUUACGACGAAAUUGUGCAUAGUGUAUCGGUGCUUUUGGGCGACGAUAUGCCUCAUGAUAUUAUACGGUCGGCGACAGACUAUGUCCUGAACACCCUGAAGGGUAAACCAGACGAAGAAGGUCUGUAUUUGGAUCGGAAAUUAUCCGAAAUUCAAGAAAAUCUCGCGGUUCCUAUCUCGCAAUCCACCUUCCACCAAAUUGUGGACUUGAGCAAAGAUAUAACGGAUUACUAUCAAUCAACUCAACAACAGCGAGCAGUAGAAGAGGGUGUAGCAAUUCUGGCCAGUGAAGACGAAAUGGACGGAUUGGACGGUGAUGAAGGUCAGAACACUUUACUAAAUGAACUUGAAGAGAUGGGGGAAGGUUCAGAUGAUGAAGAGGCACAGGACGUUAGAAACGAAAAUGAAGCACUGCGAAGAAGCACGGGCUUAGAUCAUCAAAAGUGGCCAGCGGAAUCAGCAACGAACGACGACACGAAAAACGAUGGCGACACUUUGACAUUCGUUCAAGCGAAAGAACGCAAAGAAGGCAAGUCUGAUAGAAUCGUUACAAUUGGCGAAGUCGACGAUCGCUUUUUGCUGCGAUCGGUUUCGGCAGCAACGGAAGAGAUAGAGGAACGGAAACUCCAGGAUUUAUGCGAGAGAAUACUACAGGUUCUUGGGGCAAACCUAGGCGAAGCUGAUUUAGAAGCCGAGCUUUCAGGUCCGGUAGAGCUGCGGGAUGAAUGGCUAGUUAAAUUCUUGGUCAAGAAUGGCGCACGAAUUUUUUGGGGAACAAAAUUGUCAAAUGCGCCGGCGGAAGAAAAGGUUUUGAUUUUUAGCCAAAUGCGCCAGCUCAACCUUACAGAUCUAGUUGAGGAAUAUGAAACCUACUCAAUUUCACUCAAACGAAGGCUGAGCACAGACCAUAAAGCUGAUGGAAGAGCGAAAAAGCAAGCGAAAAUUUCAUUGCCAAAUACUCUUGAUCUACAACAGCUAGCUUUUGAUCAAGGAUCAGAGGUGUUUACUGCCGAGAGAAUUACUCUACCUGCAAACUCCUUUAAAAGGGUAAAACCAUCUUACGAAGAAAUUCAUAUCCCCCCACCUUCGCCACCAUCCGCGGAGCUAGAGCUAGUGCCUAUAACCACUCUCCCAAAGUGGGCCAAGAACGCCUUUCCUUUGAAUGAAACUACCCAUUUGAACAGAAUUCAGUCGGAGGUUUUUCCUUCGGCCUUCGGAAACGAUGACAACUUACUGAUAUGCGCACCAACGGGUUCAGGGAAGACAAAUAUUGCCAUGCUGACAAUAUUAAGAGUUUUGUCUCAUCAUCUAGAUCAAAACCGGGGGACGUUUAAUUUGAAAAACUUCAAAGUUGUCUAUAUCGCUCCGCUCAAGGCGCUUGUACAGGAGCAGGUGCGGGAGUUUCAAAGAAGACUUAUGACUUACGGCAUUAAGGUAGGGGAACUCACUGGAGACUCCAAUAUAACAAGGCAGCAAAUUGUGGAUUCAACUGUACUCAUUGCGACCCCGGAAAAAUGGGACAUAAUAACAAGAAAAAGAGAGGAUGGAAAAUUCACUAGUUCAGUUGAAUUAUUGAUCAUUGAUGAAGUUCAUCUUUUGCACGAUGAACGUGGUCCUGUACUUGAGAGUAUCGUUGCAAGAAGUCUGCGUGAUAAGACUGCGGCGGACAAGAUGAGGAUAGUGGCACUUUCAGCUACACUUCCCAAUUACUCAGAUGUCGGCCGGUUUUUGCGGGUACCUAAGAAAAAUUUGUUUUAUUUCGAUUCCUCUUUCAGACCUUGUCCUCUAGCGCAACAGUUUUGCGGUGUUACAGAAACAAAUGCCGUGAAGAAGGUAAAUGCCAUGAAUCAGGCUUGUUACGACAAACUAUUGGAAUUAGUGGAACAAGGCCAUCAGGUAAUUGUAUUUGUUCACUCCCGGAAAGAUACUGCUAGAACAGCUCUUUGGCUGAAAAAUAAGCUUUCAGAGGAGGACAAGCUUGAUCGUUUUAUAAAAUCGGAACCAGGCUCUAAAGAAAUCAUAAAAAGAGAGACAGAAAAUAUUUCUGACAGACCACUGGCGGAAUUAAUACAGUAUGGCUUUGGUAUCCACCACGCGGGGCUGACGAAGUCUGACCGCUCAUUAUCAGAGGAUCUGUUUGCUGACGGUCUCUUAUCAGUGCUUGUUUCGACUGCUACCCUUGCUUGGGGUGUCAAUUUACCGGCACACGCCGUUAUAAUCAAAGGAACUGACGUAUAUUCCCCAAUAAAAGGUACUUGGACUCGACUUUCUCCUCAGGAUGUGCUACAGAUGCUUGGUAGGGCCGGUCGGCCUCGCUAUGACACUUUUGGAGAAGGUAUCAUCAUUACCCAACAGUCCAGCAUUCAAUAUUACCUAGCAAUGCUAAACCAACAGCUUCCAAUCGAAUCGCAGCUUGUAUCGAAGCUCGCCGAUAAUAUGAACGCGGAGAUUGUUUUGGGAAACAUAAAGAAUAGAAAAGAGGCCGUCGAGUGGCUUGGCUUCACGUACUUGUUUGUCAGAAUGCUAGAGAAUCCUGAUCUGUACAAAUGUCCUUCUAAUGACAAUGGUGACGACUUCCUUCUUGAGUAUCGCGAUCAGCUAUCGCACUCUGCUCUCGAGCUUCUUCACGAACAUAACCUUGUGGUAUAUGAUGUUAACACAGCUUCGGUUUUACCAACAGGCCUUGGUAAGAUUGCAUCUCACUUUUACAUCAAGUACCACUCGGUUUCGAUGUACAACCAGAACAUCAACGAACAUUUAACAUCCAUUGAUAUUCUGCGCAUUUUUUCCAAGUCUGACGAGUUCAAGUAUAUUCCAGUGAGACAAGAAGAAAAGCUUGAGGUACAAAAGCUUCUGGAAAAAGCUCCAAUUCCAAUUCAAGAACCUUGGAAUGAACCAAUCGCGAAAGUCAACGUUCUAUUACAGUCUUACAUUUCUCGAACCAAAUUAGAUGGUUUCGCCCUAAAGUCUGAUAUGCUUUACAUCACACAAAGUGCUGGUAGGCUUACAAGAGCUCUUUAUGAGCUAGCGUACGCAAAGAAACUGCCUAGGCUAGCAAAAUUGUUGCUCAAUCUUUGCAAAUCAAUUGAAAAAAGGAUGUGGAUAACAAGUUCGGCGUUGAGACAAUUCAAAGAUUGCCCGUCGGAAGUCAUCAGACACACUGAAGCAUCGUUUCUUCCAUGGCAAGACUACUUUCUGCUAUCUUCACCUCGGGAAGUUGGUGAGGCAAUACGUUCGGAAGGAAAUGGGAAGCUCGUCUAUGAUAUACUGCAGAAGUUUCCUCGCCUGGAUGUUAGAUGCUCAAUACAGCCCUUGACGCCUAGUGUCUUACACUUUGACUUAGAGAUUUCACCAAAGUGGACGUGGGACUCGAAAAUUCACGGCACUAGUGAAAGGUUUGUUGUGAUGGUUGAGAAUGAGAUGGGCGACAAGCUUCUAUAUGACAAUAUGUUGAUUGUGAAGCAAAAAUAUGCUAAUAAGGAGCAUUACCUUGACUUUUCUAUCUUUUUGACUCCAGCUCAACAGCAGAUGCUACCGUCAAACUUUUUCAUCUCGCUCAUAUCAGACAGAUGGCUUCAUAGCGAGUUCAAAAUUCCUGUUCUACUGGACAACGUUCGAUUACCGCGUAAAUUUCCAGCGCCAACUCCUUUACUUAAUGUAGAGAGAGUACCUGUUUCUGAGGUAGGGGUCGAGUUUUCUCAACUUUUCGACUUCGAGAAUUUCAACAGAAUACAAAGUCAAGUAUUCCCGACUCUUUUCGAUACCAACGACAGCAUAUUGAUCGGCAGUGCAACAGGUAGUGGUAGAAUCACGAUGGCGGAGAUAGCUCUACUAAACUUAUGGCGUCAAGGUGGCGGUCGGUCUGUGUUUGUUUGCCCAUCCCAAGAGAAAGUCGACUCGAUUACAGAUAACUGGACCAAAAGGUUUCGUGGAGUCGCGGGUGGGAAAAUCAUUAAUAAGUUCACCGACAACAAUGUAAGCAAUCUCAAGUUGCUGGCUAAAAGUCAUUUGAUAUUAUGCACACCUGAACAAUUCGAUGUUGCAUCAAGAAAAUGGAAGCAAAGAAAAAACAUCCAAAGCAUCGCACUUUUAAUACUAGACGAAGCUCACAUGGUUGGCGACGGCCUGACUGGAGCGAUCUAUGAAAACAUCAUAUCUAGAAUGAAUUUCAUUGCCGCCCAACUUGAGACUGGUCUUCGUAUUGUCGGACUAUCCAACUGCGUGGCCAAUAGUAGAGACUUUGGAGAAUGGAUGAGCGUAAGAAAAGAAAACAUUUUUAACUUCACACCCGCGGAUAGGGUCUCACCCCUACAGAUCAAAUUUCAAGCAGGCCCUCGCCCCGAGGAUCGCAAUACAGACAUUUGCGAGUCGCUGUGGCCGCUUUGCACAAAUAUUCUACGAUCGGGCUCCGAUUACGAAAGAGCAGUUGUAUUUGUUCCUUCAAGAGCGCAGGCUACGAAGUUGAUGACUGAGCUUAUCAGACUGUGCACAGAAAACAAGUUGGUGGGAACGCAAUCGAACAUCGAACCAACUGACUGUGAUCGCUCCCCAUUAAGCAAUGAACUUCUGCGAGCGUCUUUGAGGUGGGGUUUUGGUGCCUUAAACUCGGACCUUACCGUGGAGGAUUGCACAAUAGUUAAGAAACUGUUCAAAACAGGAGCUUUAAAGCUUCUUUUUGUCUGCAGAGGUGUUGAGUUAUACGACCUAAGAAGUAGCACUGUGGUGCUUUUCGGAACGAGCUAUUAUGAGGGAAACGAACACCGGUAUGUCGACUAUACUGUCAAUGAAAUCCAAAAAAUGCUCAGCACGGCAAGUUUGAGUUCAAAGCUCAAUGAAGCUUUCAUUAUGACGAGCGAGGUCAAGAAAGAACAUUACAGGAAGUUUCUCACUGAGCCCCUGCCUGUAGAAAGCUUCAUGUACUAUUAUCUUCCAGAUGCUAUCUCUCGUGAGAUAAGCACCGGCGUGAUAGAGUCAAAACAAGACUGUAUUGAUUGGCUCACAUUUACGCUGUUUUACAGGAGAAUCCACGGUAACCCGAGCUUUUACGGAGUGAAGAAUAUCUCAUCUCUAGGAGUUUCUGCUUACUUGACAGAGCUGGUGGAGGAAGUCACAGCGGAUUUGACCAAGUACUCUAUGAUUGAGAUAGACAAUGACGAACAAAAUGAAGAGAUCAUUGAUGCAGAAGAAAAAGAUUCCAUCAUGAGUCCUUUGAAUGGUUGCAUGAUAAGUGCGUAUCAUAACGUCUCGUUCGCUAGCAUUCAGGUCUUCCAUCAAAAUUUGUCUAGAGCUUCGGGUCUGAAAAGUCUUCUAGAGGCCAUUGCAAGCUCAUUCGAACUAGGCUCCGUGGCACUCCGUGAGUCCGAUGUUGAUACUUUAAAAUUACUUUACAAUAGACUUCCUGUUAAAAGCGCACAGAUUACGGACGUCGAGUCGGCAGCAUUCAAAGUCUUUGUUCUACUACAGUGCCAUUUUUCAAGGUUGCAACUCAGGAACGAGCUUAAAAAUGAUUUGGUCUUCAUCUUGAAAAGAGUUACGGCAGUAGUCAACGCAUUGGUCGAUUUCAUGGCCGGGGAGGGCAAUCUGAAUGCUACGAUAGCUAUGGAUUUGUCUCAAAUGCUGAUUCAGGGCAUGUGGGAUACAGACAGUCCAUUGCUACAGGUGCCGUACUUUGAUUCCGGUAUGAUUGACAGAUGCAAGAAAAAGGGCAUCGAGACGGUCUACGAUAUAAUGGCGCUUGAGGAUGAUGAGCGGGAUGAGAUAUUGGUUUUCGACGAUAGGGAACUAACAUCUAUCGCAACAUUCGUCAAUGCCUACCCUAAUGUGGAAUUGGCAUACGCUCUGUCGGAGGAUUCUUCAGUAUACAAACCAGGCGCGCCUAUCAAUAUAUCAGUUACACUGACGAGGGAUGAGGAACCAGAGAGUCUCCAAGUCGUCGCAGACAAAUUCCCCCAGGCGAAAAACGAAAGCUGGUGGCUUGUAGCAGGCGAGACAACUACGAAGGAGCUCUACUUUAUCAAGAAGGUCUCGUUGUCUAAAGAAACCCAAACUUACGAUCUAGAAAUAUCAUUGAAUGAGGAAGGCAGUCACAAGCUCACAUUAUGGUGUGUGAGCGAUGCAUACAUCGAUGCGGACAAGGAAGUUUCUUUCGAAGUGCUCAUUCAAUAG